ACAAAUCAACUUAAAAUAAUUGAUUAACAUUUCCAUGUUUUGUUCAUUUGCAGCAUUUACAAUUUUUAACCCAACACUUGUAUACGGAGAGAAAAUUUCUACCCAAACGGCUGGCUUACGGCACGAAGAUAUCAACAGACUUAGUUCGCUGCCACAGGAUUCCCAUCAUACAACUACACCAUGGUUACUUGUGGAUCUUGGUCGAAACUUAAUUGUUCUUGGAUUGCAAUUCACAAACUAUUUUCUGACAGAAGUUGAAAGUGAAUACUACCAUGGCACAUUGAAUAAAACAGUCAGCGGAUACGUAUGUCAGAGAUGGGAUGCGCUGACACCACACAAACAUAAUUAUACAGAUGUUUGGCGGGCUAGUGAAAAUUACUGCAGGGAUCCUGACCUGAGUGGCAAAAUUUGGUGCUUUAGUCAGUCUCCUUCCAUACGAAGGGAAAUAUGUGCAGAGAAUGUUUACGAGUUUAGAGAAAAAGUUGGACCCUUUUCAAAAUGUUUCAUCAGUGAAGACAGGUGGAGAAUAGAUGAGUUUGGAGGGAUAUCGUGUCAAUAUACAGUAUCUCAUAAAGAUGGCUCCUUGAAUAUCAACUUCCAAAGAGAUUUGGAAGGUCGUUAUGUUAAACUUGUUAGUCAUGAAGGCAUAGAAAGUUCAAAGUUUUAUAGUUCUGCAAAGAACGUCCAUGUUCUGACGUCGGAACAAAUUGCAUAUGCAGAUAGCAUGUGCAACUUAGACAUUGGAAUGGGUGAUGAACGUAUACACGACCACCAGAUUUCUGCAUCAUCAUGGCUUCGACAAUCUUUACCCACGUCCGGUAGACCGUUCUCUUCUGGUUGGUGCGCGGAACCAUCGGAUAUGCAUCCAUACAUCGCGGUUGAUCUGGAAAGGGAUACAACAAUUGAAGGAAUCACUUUCUUUAACUGGGAACGGUUGAACGAAUACAUUCUUGAUGGUAAAUAUAAAAAGGCAUAUAUGCACUUUGGAAGCAGUAAAUUAAUGGUUCACUACAGGAAUGGGCAGAACAACACCUAUACAAACAAGACUUACAGCUUGGACAUGUUUUUGCCAGUAAAUAUUCCACAGACAUUUUAUCACAGUCCAAUCCGAGCACGAUAUAUCAAAAUAUAUAUUAUAGAGGCAAUAGCAGAAAAAUACAAUUGUCUUCGAUUUGAACUUCACGGAUGUAAUCAACGCGAUGAGAUUGCUCUUCCUGAAUUAGUAUCUACUAAAUGGAUUUUGGAACAGUCGAAAGAUGAGUCUAUCAUGUUUAACAACGUAUUACAAAUUUUGAAUGAAGCUUGUGAAAUAAGUAGCAUCGCCUACCAAACACAUUAUGUAGGAGGCGUUUCUUUCACAUGGAUCAUUGAUUGUCCUGAAGGCAGAUAUAUCCAAAUUGUUUUCACAGAAAUGUCGUUGAAAAAAUAUGAAACAAGUGUUUGGAACCAGUGCCAAGACAAGCUCGUAUUUUCCAAAACAGUUAAAGAAGCUAGCUUGUACAUAGAUGAACAAUUCAACGGUUUAGUAUCCAGGAUAGAAACCAAUCUUACCUACAUGAUUUUAACAUUUUCAUCGUGCAUACCUACUUCAAAAAUAGAAAAGGUUGGAAAUGGUUUUAAAGCAAGUGUGAUGUCUAAAGCGAUACCGACAUGUUUUGCUGCAAGAAGACAAACGAACAACACUGUUCACACGGACUGCUUCCAAGCUACUAUGUACAUAACAUCUCGGUCAAUUCUUAAUGUUCCCGCCGCAGACGUUCAUGAAAAGUGGAGUAUACAUGUCAAAAGAAGUUCAAUACAUUUAAAGAUCAUUUACUUUAAUGUGGAUUGCGACUCAGGUUAUUUAUUGACAAUCGCAGAUCGGUUUUCUGGAAACAGCAGAUAUUGUAAUUUCAAAAGGCCUCCGUCAGACUGGUACUCAGAUUCAGAUACGGUUCAUAUCAUCUUUGAGAAAGGAAGACCAACAAUAGAUUUUGAUAUUCGAGGCGGGUUCAAAGCGUUGUAUAGAACGCUCAACAAAUCGAUUAUUAAUCUGAUAGUUUCAAAUACAUACACCAAAGGAUGUUCCAGGAUAUUCGGAAAGUGUUAUAAUAUCUACUCUGGAAAUGCUAUAUCAUGGAAUAAGGCGGGACAGGAAUGCUGGUUACGACAUUCAAGACUAGUUUCUAUCCAUUCUGAUGAUGAGCUUGAACUGAUUAAAUAUAUGCUACGAAACUUUAGGAAUGUCAACAUUGGAAAUGACACGCAAGAAACGGCUUUUCCUUUAGACAAUCCUGAUCCUUACUACUUUACUCACAUUGGUUUGACUCGGACAUCAACUGAAGCAGGAAUUAGACUUCACUUAUGGGAGGACGGCUCUCCAGUUACAUUCUCAGCAUGGAAUAAAGGCGAGCCAUCGGCGACUAAUUCUGAUUGCACUCGCAUGAGCUUUUAUCUUUAUCAUACUAACAACACCUGGGAGGUCGAGAAUUGUGAAACUGGAUUGGCUAGCUACUUCAUUUGCGAACAAAGCUUCACAGACGCCGAAAUAAAUUCUACUAAGGAUCGCUGUUAUACCACGCACUCGCCAUAUUUAGGCCAUUGGAACAAAACGCGGUCUGGAAAAGUGUGUCAGUCAUGGGAUUCCCAGUUUCCGCAUGAUCAUGAAGUAUUUUUAGAUUCGCAGUUUCCUGAUGGAUCUGUCGUGGACGCAUUGAAUUACUGUCGUGACCCGUACAACGAAGGAUAUCUAUGGUGUUUCACGGUGGAUAACGUUACCAAAUUGGAACAUUGUAUAUUUGAUUACAGAUAUCAACUUUCGAAUUUUACAAGCGACAUCAUUCACUCAAAGGACACGUUCCGGUGCAAAAACGGCGAAACUAUUUCUCACACGUACUUAUGUAAUGGUAAACCAGACUGUCUUGAUCUCUCUGAUGAGAUUAACUGCACACGUAACGGUAAAUGAGUUGACAUAUAUUAUUGAACAUACUGUAUUUAUUUUGACAGUUUAUACUAUGUAUAUUUAAAAGUAAAACGGUAUUGCUGCACAUGUAACGGUAAAUGAGUUGACAGAUAAUAUUGAACAUACUUUAUUUAUUUUGACAGUUUAUACUAUGUAUAUUUAAAAGUAAAACGGUAUUGCUGCACACGUAACGGUAAAUGAGUUGACAAGUUUUAUUGAACAUACUUUAUUUAUUUUGACAGUUUAUACUAUGUGUAUUUAAAAAUAAAACGGUAUUGCUGCACAUGUUACGUUAAAUGAGUUGACAGAUAUUACUGAACAUAC